AUGUCACUGCGGCUGUGGCGUAACUUAAUGAAGGCUACUGCACGACGAAGGCGCAAAAGCGCGAUAGCUUGGGUCAUCGUAGCGAAUCACUUGGGAUGGGGAGGUAGUAAGCAAAAGAAUUGUUGGGCGAUUUUUCUUACAUUCAUUAUUGUAGGAAUUAUUGCCGAGUUUAUGGACCAUCCAUUGUGGCAACCAUUAGGCAAACUGUCUUAUUGCGGGUACAUUGUGCACUUCUUUUUUAUUUCAUAUGUUUUCAAUCUAGAUGAUCGACCAUCACAUUUUGUUUCGAUUUGGCGCACGGUAGGAGCUGAAGACAACACGACUCUUUUGAUUCGUUGCUUUCAGUACAUACAUUGGGGUAUACCAACAGUUGUUGUAUCAUACGUGUUCGCUUUCUUUUGGAGCUGCCUCUUCGAAGUGCCUAUCAUAAGACUGGAAAGGAUGUUGACUGCAGGUAUAACACCAAAGAAAAGUCCUGCUCCUCCCAAGCAAAUUGCACAGUAA